AUUCGUCGUCGCCGCUGGUCCUCGCCCGUUGUCGCCCAUGGCUGCCGAGCCGCAGCCCCAGGCGCUGACUCGCAAGCCCGUCCUGCUGGGCGCGGUGGAGGGCUCGCACGAGGUGGUGAACAUGGCAGCGAUCGUGCCUAAGGAGGACGGCGUCAUCAGCGUCUCCGAGGACAGAACAGUUCGUGUCUGGCUGAAGAGAGACAGUGGGCAGUACUGGCCUAGCAUAUACCAUGCAAUGCCAUCUCCAUGUUCAUGCAUGUCUUUUAACCCGGAAACCAGAAGGCUGUCCAUAGGUCUAGACAAUGGUACAAUCUCAGAAUUCAUUUUAUCAGAAGAUUACAACAAGAUGAGCCCAGUAAAAAGUUACCAAGCACACCAGAGCAGAGUUAUGAUGAUUCUGUUUGUCCUGGAGAUGGAGUGGGUGCUAAGCACAGGGCAAGACAAGCAGUUCACGUGGCAUUGCUCGGAGAGCGGGCAGCGACUGGGAGGGUACCGUACCAAUGCAGGUGCUUGUGGCCUUCAAUUUGAUGUCGAGACACGGCAUGUGUUUGUUGGCGAUCACUCUGGGCAAGUAACCAUUCUCAAAUUAGAGCCACAGUCCUGCAGCCUUGUCACAACAUUCAGGGGACAUACAGGUGGUAUCACUGCUCUCUGUUGGGACCCAGUGCAACGAAUUCUAUUCUCGGGCAGCUCGGAUCAUUCCAUCAUUAUGUGGGAUAUAGGAGGAAGAAAAGGAACAGCCAUUGAACUACAAGGACACAAUGAUAAAGUUCAGUCUCUCUCCUAUGUUCAUCAUACGCGACAGCUCAUCUCUUGUGGUGCAGAUGGUGGAAUUGUUGUCUGGAAUAUGGAUGUUGAGAGACAAGAGACACCUGAGUGGUUGGACAGUGACUCUUGUCAAAAGUGUGACCAGCCUUUUUUCUGGAACUUCAAACAGAUGUGGGACAGUAAGAAAAUAGGCCUUAGACAGCAUCACUGCCGAAAGUGUGGGAAAGCAGUGUGUGGCAAAUGCAGCUCCAAGCGCUCCUCCAUACCACUGAUGGGAUUUGAGUUUGAAGUGCGGGUCUGCGAUAGCUGUCAUGCCUCUAUCACAGAUGAGGAACGGGCACCCACAGCCACUUUCCAUAAUAGUAAGCACAACAUUGUCCAUGUACACUUUGAUGCAACCAAGGGAUGGCUAUUGACUUCUGGGACAGACAAGGUUAUCAAGUUAUGGGAUAUGACACCAGUAGUGUCUUGAUGAUGCAUCACUAGAAAGUAAAAAGUCAUUUUUUUCCUGAAGAAACAGAUUCCCUAACCCUAAUCACGUUGCAGAAGAUAAGAUCGUGCAGUGUGCGCGGCAGAUGAAAAAGGAACUAAUGCAUCUAUGAUUUUAAGUCCUCUGCUAGAUCAAGGCUCAGCGUUUGCACAGAGACUCUAUUUCAACUUAUUCUCAAAAAUAUACAAGAAGGUAUUUUUUUAACUAACGGUUUGUACAAUCUGGCUGCGUUCAGGUGUUUUGAGUUUGUCUGGAAAACCUGUGUGUAGUGCAGUUUAGUUUUUGUUUUUCAUUAUGUCGGGAUAUAUGCUGCUUGGUGUGGAGGGGUUUCUUGGUUUGAAAUGUUUCCAAUACCCGCAUACUGUAUACAAAGCUGUCAAAAUUCCACACGGGCCCCCCAACCUCCUUCACAGAGACUACCUAUUUAUUUGUGAUGGGUUUUGCUAAUGUGUUCUCUUGUGAAGGAGUUUUGAAGUCGGGUCUUAUAUUUAACAAAAAGGUGCAUUGUAAAGGGUUUGAGGGAUUAUUGCACUUCUAAAAAGGGCUUUCCUGUUUAUAUGUUUUAGCAAACAUCAUUCCCAGGUGUGGUGAUGGUACUGAGUUUCAUUGACACCUUCCUGUCCUUUUCCCUUGCCACACAAAUUGCAAAAUGAAGGGGAUGGGUUGCUUAGCAACUCCUUUUACAAUAGCUGAAAUUAAUUUUUUUCAGCUCAGUGUUAACAAGAGCAUCCAUGCCAGUUUUGAAUUUGAGUCUGUGCAAACUGGUUCAAAUUAAAAUACUGGCAGGAGCUUAGAACUGUGGAAGGGCACAAAGUGGGGCCUAAGCAAAUUUUUGGGCCUGAUAAGCUUGCUCUUCCUCAGGAGGCAUCAUUUUAGUGUUCUGUAUUGCUGGAGAUUAAAUUCACUUCCCCCACUCUUGUUCCCAAUCUGGUUACUUAUAUUUAUUUUAAAAUGACUGAUUUUUCUUUAUUGAUCUUGUCUGAGGUUGCUGAAUUACACCCACAUGUCCUGCAGUUGGAAUUGGCAUUUCCUUUUAAAAAUAAAGGCAACUUAAAAACC